GGCUCGGACGGCCUCCCAGGACCUCGGGGGCAACCUGGGGAACCCGGUAUGCGAGGCCUGAUCGGCUCACGCGGCUCCCCCGGGCCCCCGGGCCCACCGGGAAUCCAUGGGGAGCCAGGACCCCCGGGACAGCAAGGGAACCCCGGUCCUCAGGGUCUUCCCGGCCCCCAGGGCCCCGUCGGGCUGCCGGGGGACAAGGGUCACCCCGGCCGAGAAGGGCCAUCUGGAGAGAAGGGCCUCCAGGGAGCUUUUGGCGUGCGGGGCCUGAAGGGCAGCAAAGGGGAGAAGGGAGAAGAUGGAUUCCCCGGCUUUAAGGGGGACAUGGGCCCCAAGGGCGACAGGGGUGACCAGGGCCUGCUGGGCCCCCGCGGCGAGGACGGCCCCGAGGGGCUGAAGGGGCAGACGGGUCCCAUGGGGGAACCAGGCGCUCCUGGCCCCGCAGGGCAAGCUGGGAGUGCCGGGUCUCCCGGGCUAUCCUGGGCGCCAGGGCCCCAAGGUGAGCACGGGGGAGCCUUUGGGGGCUCCACUGGCUUCCAGGGUCCCAUGGGGCUGGCGGGAGAGAAGGGCAAGAGG